AUUUUUACCAAAGGUUCUCAGAUAAUUUCUUUCAUUUCCAACAAGGUUUUCAAUAUGUUCUGGUGAUAUGUAGUUUCAUCUCUGACCAUAUUUGGAAUUUUUGAAGAAAUAACCAAAAUAUGAAAUUUAUAUAUAUAAUUCAAAGUUGUUAUCAAUGUCGAAAAUGAAAAUUGUAAAAUAUCUUAGCUUCACAGCCUCAAGAGAUAGAUUUUACCAUUAUUAUUUCAUAUACGCGGGGCUCAAGUCUGUCACCACCGGUUUCACUGACGGCACCACCAUGCAUUGUUGGGUGCCGAAAAAUUACGACCAAAGCAAGCCUAAUCUUCUUCUCUUGCAUGGAUUUGGUGCAAAUGCCAUGUGGCAAUAUGGGGAGCUCCUUCGCCAUUUCAUUCCCCAGUUUAAUGUUUAUGUACCAGAUCUUCUUUUCUUUGGAGGCUCUUAUACGAAAUUGCAUGAGAGAACAGAAACUUUCCAAGCAACAUGCAUGAAAAGAUUAAUGGACAUGCAUGGAGUAGAUAAACUGAGUUUGGUGGGAACAAGUUAUGGAGGGUUUGUAGGGUAUCGCAUGGCAGUACAAUUUCCGAAGAUGGUAGAAAAACUGGUGUUAUGUUGCACUGGUGUUUGCUUAGAGGAGAACGACAUGAAAUCUGGUUUGUUCAAAGUAUCGGAUUUGGAGGAAGCAGCUAGUAUUUUGGUGCCUCAAACGCCAGAUAAGUUGAGGGAGUUGACACAAUUUUCAUUUGUCAAACCCCCUCCGGUUAAAGGAGUCCCAUCUUAUUUUCUUCACGAUUUUAUAAAUGUCAUGUGCACGACUUUUGUGCAAGAGAAAAAAGAACUCAUUUAUGCAAUCCUUAAGGAUCGACAUUUUUCUGAACUUCCACGAAUUACCCAGAAGACACUAAUAAUAUGGGGAGACCAAGAUCAGAUAUUUCCGAUAGAAUUAGGACAUAGAUUACAAAGACAUAUUGGCGAGAGUGCUCGGCUAGUGAUUAUUGAAAAUGCAGGGCAUGCUGUCAAUCUGGAGAAAUCCAAAGACUUCAUCAAACACUUAAAAGAAUUCUUGGAUGAAGAUGUCACAGCAGCUCAAAAAUUAGGGGUUAAUUAGCUAUUUCAUGACUGAAGUGGAGGCCAACUUGCAAGUAGGUACUUAAACUGAAAAAACUUGCAGUCAACUACUUGAACGUCAAAAAAUUUUCAUCUAAGUUGUUGACAUUAACAGAGGGAUGGAAAAGUGACUAGGCUUGCUUAGGUGUUCAUUUUAUGCUUAGGUGGACCGCCAGAUGCCUGUAAUAGUAAACUCUGUGAAAAAUCCAAUCCUUAAUUUAAAUCCCCAUUCAUCUUUUAUU